UGUAUCGAUUCAAACACCACACCAUAGCAAGGUCAAAUUUAGCAUUUCCUUUAAUGUCUACUUCGUACAAUCCUCAAGACAGUAACGAAUCCACUGCAACUUCUAAUGAGACUAUUUCUCAUACUUCCUCUGCGCCUUCAAAUAAUAUGUCAGAUAUUAAUAAUGAUCAAUCUUUACAACCUACUCAAAACACUCUAUCUCCUUCUCAAGAACCUGAAUGUGAAUCGCAGCAACAAUCACCCUUAGAUUUUUCUAAUAGACACAAAGGAAAUCUUGAGUUCUAUUUGAGACAAUUCCUUACCGAUAAUUUAGUCUCCAAUAGUAUAG